GCUGUUAGUCGUUGUGAGGCGACAGUGUCACCAGCAUCAACAGGUCACUACCCGCCAGAACAGCGACUAUCCAUGGUGAGGAGAACAGCAGAGGCAGGUAAUGGUACCACUCAACACCUCUGUGGUCGGGGUGACACUAGGAUCCCUACUGGUGUUAUCUUGUGUGGUGCUGCUGGUGUACUACCUGCAGGGGCGGCAAAGGUACUGGGCUUCGAGAGGUAUCCCGUGUCCCCCAGCGACACUCCUAGUGGGUCACACUCUACGAAGGCUGGGACUUACACAACCCUUCAUGGAGUUCUUCGACGAACUGUACCACAAGUACAAUGGGAAGGAUCUAUGUGGCUUUUAUGACUUCCUCAAACCUGGUCUGUUUGUGGGCAAUCCUGAGCUCAUCAAGAGUAUCCUGGUGAGGGAUUUCGAUCACUUUGCUGAUCGUAGGACUUUCGAUCUAUCUAAAGUAAACCCCAUCGCGAACGACAUGCUAACGAACGCUCGGGGAAGUCACUGGAGAAAGAUCCGCGGAGUUGUCUCUCCUGCCUUCACGACCACUAAGACUCGGCGGCUCUACCCACUCCUGCGACAACGAGCAACGCACCUUCUUCAACUGGCUGGUCUUACAGCCACGAGAGGACCUGUCGAGGCACGAAAGCUGAGUGGUCGGUACACCAUGGACACGAUUGCCUCCUGCGCCUUCGGUAUAGAAUGUGAAGCUUUGAGUCAGGAUACAGCCUCCUUCCCCACCACCGCCGCAAAGAUCUUUCAACUCUCUCCCACCAGGGCUUUCAAGAUGUUGGUGUUGAUGUUGGCGCCAAGGGUGGCUGAGUUGGUCCACCACUUGGGUCUAGAGUUCACCAGUCCAGAAUUCCUCUUCUUCAGAGAUGUGGUCACCCACACCCUCCACACCCGCCAGGAGACCGGAGUACACCGCGGAGACUUCCUCGACCUUCUCCUGGAAACCAGAGCCCACGGCAACUCGGGUCUGUCGGAUGAAACCAUAGCAGCACAGUGCAUCUUAUUCCUGCUGGCUGGGUAUGACAACACCGCCAACACACUGGCCAUGGCCCUCCACCUGCUGGCCCACCACCUACAUGUCCAGGCCACCCUCAGGAGGGAGAUAGCCCUUGCCUUACUGAGGGGAGGAGGCGAGGUGAUGCACGACACAGUGAUGGCUCUGCCUUACCUAGAUGCUGUGGUGAGUGAAGUGCUCAGACUCUACCCUGCUGCCCCGGUCAUUGAGAGAGUCUGCACCAAGACCUACAAUGUUGGUGGGGUAGAGGUGGAGGUAGGUAUGGGUGUGCUGGUGCCAGUGUGGAGCAUACAUAGGGACCCACAACACUGGCCACAACCACAGCAAUUUCUGCCACAGAGAUUCCUUGGAGCUGCCCGCUCUGACAUAGUUCCCUACACUUAUCUUCCCUUUGGUGCUGGCCCUCGCAGUUGUAUUGGCAUGAGGUUUGCCCUGCUGAGCGUCAAGGUGGGACUAGUUUCACUUCUCUCCAAUCUAGAAGUCCAACCCUGUCCAUCAUCUCCCCAUCCUCUACCCCUUGACCCUAGAGUGCUCACUCUGCAGCCCAAGGAUGGUGUAUAUGUCAACCUGAAAUCAAUAAACCUAAGGGAAGCUGUGGAGCAAGAGAUGAUAGUUUAUGAGGCAAACAUUGCAGAGGACAAAAUUCUGACAGAGGAACUGAAGAGAUGGUAUAGCCAAAGAGAUUUGACGUCCCAAUCAUAAGUCUGACAUGUACUUGAUGCAAGUUUAGACAAAAAUAUUUAUAAAGUUUGACUAAUUAUAUAUAGUGUACUGUCCUAACUACAAGUUGUCUAUUUGUUUGUUUUAUUGUUAUAACAAGAAAGAUGUCAGUAUGUGUGCAAAGAACAAUUGUCUCAUUACCUGGGCUGUAUCUCUUAAAUGCUGUGAGUUUUGAUGAGCAAAAAAGGAGCCUGAGAAAAAUUUUGAUAAAAUGUGACUUGACAGAUACUGUAUUUAUAUUAAAAUAAGUGGAUUAAA